AAAAGUACGGAGCUCCAGCGUUGGACCUUUCCCUCGCCUAAAAACCAAGGAGACAGCCGCGUGCACCCGCGCUCGGUUAUUUGGCAGCACCCCCCCCCCCUCCCACCAACUCCGCUGCCACCCACCCCGCUGCUUCCCAGGCUCUCAGUCAACGCUGCACACUGAUCUGGGAACAGCAGUAGCAGCAGCAGCAGCUCCUCUCUCACACCCACUCAGCCGUGGUGCGCCCCUGACGCGCUCUCGCUCUCUCUCUCACUCACUCACUCUCUCGCUCUCUCUCCAGUUCAGGAUGGACUCGUCUCCUUCUCUUCACCUUUACCACUGACUGUGACGCCGCCGUAGUUCGGGUUGGGACUUCAUGUGGGAAGGGGGCUGGAGCGGAUCCUCUGUCCACUGUUUUGCAUUUUCUACUGAGUGCUUUUCAUUCUUUUCUUUCUUUUGGGGUUGAACACACUCAUAUCCGGACUCCGAGAUGGGAAUGUACCUCCACGUGCAGUUUUUGCUCUGCUUUUUCUUCUCGAGCUUCGUGUGCAACGCCGUCUCCUUCUUGGAGGAGCCCGCCGGCGGCAGGUUGGACGGUUACUGCGGGCGGAUCCUCCGGGCGCAGACCCAGGGGACCCGGAGGGAUGGGCACCACGAGUUCAGGCUCAGAGUGGAGGGGGACCCGGAAACCUAUCUGCCGGGCAGCACCUACAGAGUGGUCCUCCUGGCAACCAGCCCCGCUUAUUUCCGGGGUUUCACCCUCAUCGCGCUGAAGGAGGGCAGAGAGGGCACCACGGACGACGACUACACCGGCCAGUUCCAGAACAUUGAUGAGGAGGAAACACAGUUCAUGACCAACUGUGCCCCUGCAGUGACGGAGAGUACCCCUCGCAGACGCACCAGGAUACAGGUCUUCUGGACGGCGCCACCCACUGGGUCUGGCUGCAUUAUACUGAAGGCCAGUAUUGUCCAGAAGAGAAUCAUUUAUUUCCAGGACGAAGGCUCUCUCACUAUUCGUCUGUGUGAGAAAGAGCGUGUGUUCGGCGAGGCCACAGAAGCUCCCGCAAUGGAGUGCUGCGCCUGCGGAACAGCCAAGUACAGACUCACCUUCUACGGCAACUGGUCGGAGAAAGUCCACCCCAAAGACUACCCGAGACGAGCCAACCACUGGUCGGCUCUGAUUGGUGCGUCUCACUCCAGAGGCUACGUGCUGUGGGAGUACGGGGGCUACGCCAGCGAGGGCGUCCGUCAGGUCGCUGAGUUCGGCUCCCCCAUCAAGAUGGAGGAACAGAUUCGACAGAAGGGAGAUGAAGUGCUUACUGUCAUUAAGACUAAGGCUCAGUGGCCGGCAUGGCAGCCGCUCAACCUGCGAGCGGCUCCAUCAGCCGAGUUUUCUGUGGACCGGACCCGUCACCUGAUGUCCUUCCUCACCAUGCUGGGGCCCAGCCCAGACUGGAAUGUAGGGCUGUCAGGAGAGGACCUCUGCACCAAGGAGUGUGGCUGGGUCCAGAGGUUGGAUACGGGACUCAUUCCCUGGGAUGCAGGCACUGACAAUGGUGUCACUUAUGAGUCACCAAACAAGCCCACAAUUCCUCAGGAGAAGAUUCGACCCUUGACCAGUUUGGACCACCCCCAGAGCCCGUUCUACGACCCCGAAGGAGGGGCAAUUACCCCUGUGGCCAGGCUGGUGGUGGAGCGCAUCGCUAGAAAGGGUGAGCAGUGCAACGUGGUCCCGGACAACAUAGACGACAUCGUCGCUGAUAUUGGACAGGAGGAGAAGGAGGAAGAUGACACACCAGAGACGUGCAUCUACUCGGGCUGGUCUCCCUGGUCGGCCUGUAGCAGCGCGACGUGCGAAAAGGGCCGCAGGAUGAGGCAGAGGAUGCUGAAGGCCCAGCUGGACCUCAGCGUGCCGUGUCCCCACACCCAAGAUUUCCAGCCCUGCAUGGGGCCGGGAUGCAGCAUUGAGGAGCCAUCCACGUGUAUGAUGUCGGAGUGGAUCAGCUGGUCGGCCUGCAGCGUGUCCUGUGGGAUGGGCAUGAGGUCUAGAGAGCGCUACGUCAAACAGUAUCCCGAGGACGGCUCGCUCUGCCAGCUCCAGACGGAGGAGACGGAGAAGUGUGUCGUCAACGAUGAAUGCUCACCCAGCAGCUGCGUGGUGACCGAGUGGGCUGAGUGGGACCCCUGCAGCGUCACCUGUGGCUUGGGCAUGAGGAGACGCGAGCGCAUGGUGAAGAUGCCCCCUGUGGACGGAUCCAUGUGCAAGACCGAGGUGGCAGAAGUGGAGAAAUGCAUGAUGCCAGAAUGUCAUAGCCUCCCCUGCAUGCUGUCGCCCUGGUCCGACUGGACCGAGUGCAGCGUGACGUGUGGGCGGGGCUUGCGAACGCGCCAGAGGAUGCUGAAGUCGGAUCCCGCGGGGUGCUCCGAGGAGCUGGAGCAGACGGAGAAGUGCAUGCUGCCCGAAUGCCCCGUCGACUGCAUGGUCUCCGAGUGGUCCGAGUGGUCCGAGUGCAACAAGUCCUGCGGCAAAGGACACACCAUUCGGACCCGUAUGGUCAAACUGGAGCCGCAGUUCGGGGGCGGGGCUUGCCCCGAGACCAUCCAGAGGAAGAAGUGCAAGAUCAGGAAGUGCCGGACGAAAGCGAAGGAGGAGAGAGGAGGAGGAGGAGGAGGAGGAGGAGGCGGCGGCGGUGCAGGAGGUGGACAGAGAAGGAGGCGGGGCAAACAGGGAAGAGACGCGGCGGCCGAGGAGCAGACAGGUUGCAGGAUGCGGCCGUGGACCGCCUGGACGGACUGCACCAAGCCGUGCGAGGGGGGCAUCCAGGAGCGCUUCAUGGCGGCGAAGAAAAGAGCCAAGGGCGCCCUGACGGCCGGCUGCCAGGACCGGAAGGAGAUCCGCGCCUGUAACGUUCACCCCUGCUAGGGGGGAGCGCGACUGUGUACAGGGAGGGUGGGGUGGGGUGGGGUGGGGGGGGGCUAGUGUGACACUUUUUGGAGACGAGAUAUGAGUUUAGAUGAGAAGAGGCGAAGGGGGGAGAAAAGGAGGAGAUGAUAAUGUGCUGUUUAGUGAAGCCAUUGUAGGCAUGUAGUUACCAGGGCUGGCAUUUACUUUAGACCACAAUGGAAGUAUUAGAGAGUCAAGUCUGUGUCCUGCAAAAAAACACACAAAUAACAACUACAGUAGUUUUGCAAUUGAGGGUAAGGAGGCCAAAAUCGUCUGCGUAGUUUCUGACCGAUACUGAAUCUGAUUUCUAACUUGAACUAUUUUAAAUACUGUUGGUCAGAGUAAUCCACCGGUUCCCAACCUAAGGGUGCAGACCCCCACUAGGGGUCGCCCAUGUAUUACGGAUGGGAGAUGCACGUCUUCAAAUCAAUCCACAGAGCAUGUAAUAGAAAAGUACGCCGUUAAAACAAACGGAGCUAUUAAAUAUGUAUUAUUGUUAGAAUAACAACUCAGCUCUGAUGCAAUAGUCACAGGAAAUAAUCUGCUCCAAAUGUAUCCCAGUCAACACAAUUACUUCACACUAUUUGGGUUGAUUGUAAAGUGUAUCAGUGUUUUUUCUACUCUGUUAUGAAUUGAACAUAAUGUGAAAGAUCCACAACAUAUGGAUCUCAUGUGUCACUAAAUCAAAGAUGGUUUUCCUCUCAGAUGAGUUACUGCAGAG